UUUCCUGAUGCUAGGAUAUUUGCAUUAGGAAGUAUAAAGCAGAGUGAUUUGUUUGAUGAUAUCGAUCAGGACACCUGUGAAUUUAGAAUACAGAAACAGCACACUGUAGAAGACAGACGUCAAAGACAGAGGACGAAGAGAUGUCACGAAUUUUGAGUCCGCUCCUGACGCCUCGUGAGAAUGGCCUUCUCUACAGUUUACUAAGUCAUGACUGCAGUGUUUUAGCAUGUGGUAUUGUACAGCUGGUAAUUGCAGCCCCUCCGAAGAAAAGGGAGUGGAAAAGUCACAGUUUUGGAGUUUUAUGUCUGGUGCAAGAUAAAUCCAUGCAUUCAACAUUCAUGAGACUCUACUGUCUUAAGAAGGCCAAGGUGCAAUGGGAACAGGAACUGUAUACACCAUUUGAGUACUCAGAAACUUGUCCUUAUUUCCACACCUUUCCUGGUGAUGAGUGUCAGACAGGAAUAAACUUUGCAGACGAAGAUGAGGCCAAGCAGUUCUACACUGCUGUGCAGAAGCAGAUCACUGACAACAAAGCAUUUCACUCAGGGCUUACACGCAGAUACAGUGUGGGGGCUGUUUCUGAUUGGAAAGACAAGCUUGACAAUUGUCUUAGAGGACAUGAACUGCAAAAGAGGCUUUCUUUUAGAAGUGCAUCCAGAGUUCCACACCAUCUUGAUUCAGAUGAAACAUUUCCAGCGAGUAAGUCCAGUGAAAGAAAUGACUCAUCUCAGACUCUCUCCAGCGUUAAUGAAGAGUCUAUCUCGCUCGCCCAGAGGAAAGGGCCUCUCCCACCUCUUCCCCUUCAUGCCAGGGCAGCCAUGCUGAAGUUGAAUCGCAGUGCUAGCAUGCAAAACUCCACCAUGCAUGUUCCACCCCCUCCAUCUUACCGUGCCCCCACAACCCCUCUAAAAUCAGCUAUUAAAGAUCGCUCCUCAGCUGGAAUGAAGAAAACUUUACAUUAUAAUGUUGGCAUCGAGGAUGAAUCUGGCUAUGAUGAUUACCUUUAAAACCACCACCCUCUCCAUCAUAUGGGACUUUAUGACAGCAAAAAUUAGGAUCUGGUCAUGUUAUCCCACUAUUCCCUACAAACACUUACACAUUGAAUAUAUAUCUUUAUUAAUAUAUUCUCUGCAGCACAACUGUGUUUUUUUAUAACAAUGAUGCAAUGAAGUAAUCAAAUCUAAUGAAAACAAAAGUGGCAAACAGUUUCUGGACUAAAGACAACUAUAAAGUGUCUAAAUACUUUGUCUUAAGUUUGUCUAUUGUUUUAGAAUUUAAAACCAAAAUAAAUUCAUUUUUAUUGAAAAGUGUACUUGUGUGUUAUAUAUGUUGUAAAGGGAUAGGCCUACUCCACCCAAAAAAUUAAAAUUCUGUCACCAUUUAUGGUGUCGUUCCAAAACCAUGACUUACUUUUGUCUGUAAACAUUAAAACGAUAAUUUAGGAAAUGUCUCAGUGUUUUUGUCCAUUCAGUGUGCUCUAAAGUUGUCUGGUUCCCAAUGUUCUUCGAAAUAUUUUUUGUGUGUGUUUCACUGAAGAGAGUCAUGCAGGUUUGGAGUGACAUGAGGAGGAAUAAAUGAUGACAGAAUUUUAAUUUUGGGGUUUAGUUUAUGACAUUCAUACAUUUUUAGGUGUAGCUUAACCAUCUAAAUACUUUUUGGAUACUAUUUUAUCA